AUGGCCCUUCAUCUCUCCAAGCGCCUAGCAGGCCGAAACCUCACCAGCCUCUCGGCUAAGCAGAUUGUGGCAUCCACCAGCACUCACAAUGUCCUUCUUCAUGGCCUUCUACGAGAACAUCAGUCAGAUGUCACUGUUAGCAGGACCAUGAUGGCCACAAGAAGUUUCACAUUCCAUUCUCAUCAGUUUCCGUCACUGCAAGCUGUCGUCAAUAAGCGAUUCUUCUCCUCUCCUGGUGGUGGGGGUGGUGGUGGUUAUCAAGCAAGUCCUUCGUAUCAAAUUUAUGGGGAAGAGGUUGCCUUUACAUUGAAAUGCAUCAUGCCAAGCUUUCGAUUGGUAGGAAACCGAACGGUGGUCGUGGACAAGACCAACAAAGGUCGUCUCUUAUUGGAAUUCACUCCCCGACAAGCCCAAGACACCAAUAGAUUUGCCUGGGACCAAUCCAUCAAAUUCGCUCUCCUCGCCGAAGAAGUAGGCACUUUGGUGGCCUGCUUGUCUCAUGGACAACCCGUCGAAUUGGCCCGGCAAACUGCCGCCCUAGGAGGGCAACAACAACAACAACAACAACAAGGUCAAUAUGGAUUUCAUGGGGAAACUCCCGGUGUGGGAUCCCUUCAAAAGAUAUUGAGGGCCAUGCCAGACAAUGGAGGUGCCGCUACCUUUUCGAUUGAUUACGAACUGGAUGGCCGAGGCAGUCAAGAUCCACCCAAUCCUAACGAAGUGCACGGACCCUUGCAGAUUCGUCUCAUGGCAGGAGAGUUUCAGGUUCUCAAGUCCAUAAUGGAGCACUCGAUUCCAAGACUAGUGGGCUGGGCGCAAAUGAUGGAUCGUUCCGCUGAAGAUUUAGUAUCAGCAGCAGGGAAUAACAGCAUGCCUUCACAGUAG